GGAAUCCCAAACACCGACAAGCGAGUCCCACUCACAAAGCCGUCUCUGAACUCCUCGCCCAAGCCCCUGGGUGGGGGCAGAAAUCUGCCUGGCGCUGCCCAUCUGCACCAAAUCCCUCCUCUGCUCACCCCAAAGGGCUUAACCCCGUGGGAGCCAAGCCUGGAGGGGAACUGGCCGGGGGGAGCCAGUCUGGGGGGGUCCGAGGAGGAGAGGACAGGGCUCGUGCUCAGGCCCGGGGGGCCUGGGGUGACAGAGACUUGGAGGCCAGAAAGCCCCAGGGCCCAUCGACUGAGCUCGUGUCUAGUCAGGCCCAGGCCUGUCCGCUCCCUGGCGGGUUGGCAUAGGGGAACCAGGCGCCUUAGGGCUCUGAACAUGAUUUGGGCCUUGCUAGGCAGGUUGGGGGUGUGUGUGUUGGGAAACGGCUGCAAGUGCUGCUGGUGCCAAGCUUCCGGGAGCCAGGCCAGCGGAGGGAGGCUGGCACAGAAGUUAGGUACGGAACUAGGGGGCAUUUGAGGAGGGGCUGAGACGCCAGGGACAGCCCCACCAUGGCCCAGUGGCAGGAGGUCCAGCAGCUGGAGAAAGCCUACCUGGAGCAGGUGCACCAGCUGUACUCGGAGGACCACCUGCCCAUGGAGGUGCGGCAAUACCUGGCCUCCUGGCUCGAAGACAAGAACUGGAGCCAGGCGGCUGAGCCCAACUCUGCCGAGGCCCACAUGCUCUUCCAAAUCCUGCUGGCCCAGCUGGAUGACCAGUACAGCCGCUUCGGGACCCGCACGGAGGACUUCGUGCUCAAGCACAACCUACGAAAGUCCAAGCUCAACUUGCAGGCCAAGUACCAAGAGUGCCCGGAGGAGCUGGCCAAUGUCAUCGCCAACCUGCUGCGGGAGGAGAAGGCCAUUCUGAACAGGGGGCUCGCGGCCCAGCAGGCUGCAGCUCAGCCGCCCUCCAGUGCCCCGACGGAGACGGACCGGCAGCAAAAGAUCGAGUGGCGCCUGGCGGAGACCAGGGCAGCGGUGCAGGAGCUGGAUCGCGAAGUGCGGCACCUGGAGGAGCUGCAGGACACCUUUGACUUCCGCUUUAAGAUGCAUCGUAUGGUUGCAAACGGCACUCCCGCCAGCCCCGAGCUGGCCCGCCAGACGGAGCAGCUGCAGGCCAUGCUGAACAGCCUGGACCGGAGCCGCAAGCAGGAGCCGGCGGGCCAGGGCCUGGUGCCCCUUGUGGGUGGCCCGGGGUCACAACGGACACAGUCUCUCUGGCAGGACGUGCUGGCCCGGGUGCAGGAGCUGCUGGGCCGUUGCCAGACGCUGCAGGAUUUCCUGCUGGAGGAGCUGGCCGAGUGGAAGGACCGGCAAAGGAGGGCCUGCCUCCAGGCAGCCUGCGACACCAGCCUGAGCCACCUGCAGACCUGGUUCACGGGGGCGGCCGAGGUGCUGUUCCAGCUCUGGCGCCUCCUGCGGGCCCUGGGUGACCAGCACACCAAGCUCACCUAUCUGCACGACCCGCUGGAAACACAGCUGCCCCUGUUGGAGAGCCGGCUGCAGGAGCACCUCUCCUGUCUCUUGAGGAGUGCCUUUGUGGUGGAAAUCCAGCCCAUCAUGCCUUUCCUCAAACGGAGGCCCCUGGUUCUGAAAACUGGCAGCAAGUUCUCUGUCCGCGCCAGGCUCCUGGUCAAGUUGCAGGAUCGAAGCCGUCGGCUGGAGGUGAAAAUCGUCCUCGACCAGCAUCCCCCCAAUGUGAAAGGGUUCCGGAAGUUCAACAUCCUGACGUCCACCAGCAAGACGCUGGUCCAGGACGAUCCGCAGAUGGAGGGGCUGGUCUGCGACUUCCGGCAUAUAUCAUUGAAGGACCAGAGGGCCGGGACCUCAGGCAAAGGCAGCAAAGGUGCCAGCGAGGGCCUGCUGGCCAUCACGGAGGAGCUGCACCUCAUCACAUUCAUACUGGACUAUAAGUACCAGGAUCUGGAGCUGGAGCUGCAGACAUCCACCCUGCCCGUGGUGAUCAUCUCUAACAACAACCAGUUCUCCAGUGCCUGGGCCUCCGUGCUCUGGUUUAACAUGCUCAGCCCAGACGCCAAGAACCAGCUGUUCUUCUCUGCGCCACCAGCUGCCCCCUGGGCCCAGCUGGCCGAGGUGCUGAGCUGGCAGUUCUCAGCCACCACCGAGCGUGGGCUGGACAAGGACCAGCUGCACAUGCUGGCGGAAAAGCUCUUUGGGCCGGAAGCCACCCCUGCCAGCACUCUGACCUGGGCCAGGUUCGCCAAGGACAGCCCACCCACCUUCUCCUUCUGGACCUGGUUGGAUGGGAUCCUGAGCCUGAUCCAAGACCACCUGGCCCAGCUCUGGAAGGACGGGCACAUCAUGGGCUUCGUGAGCCGCAAGCGGGAGCGGCAGCUGCUGAAAAGGAAGCAGAUGGGCACCUUCCUGCUGCGUUUCAGCGAGAGCAGCCGCGAGGGCGGCAUCACCUGCAGCUGGGUGGAGCCCGGGGAGAAAGGUCAGCCCAAGGUCCGUUCUGUGGAGCCCUACACCAAGGUGGAGUUGACGUCGCUGGCACUGCCUGACAUCAUCCAUGACUACCAGCUGGUGGCUGCCGAGAACAUCCCCGAGAACCCCCUCAAGUUCCUGUACCCCGGCACGCCGCGGGACGAGGCCUUUGGGAAGUACUACACUGAGAGGAGGGAAGUGGACCUGCUGGAGCGGAAGAAAUACUUGAACCGGCGCCUGAUCAGAGUGUCCUCCAGGCAACCCCCUGAGCCGUGGCUCCCAGAGGACAUGCUGGAGGCGCCCCCUGCAGCUGAGGGGCCAGGGGCUGAUCACCUGGAGGUGUUGGAGCCGGGGGCCAAUCAGCCGGAGGUGCUGGAGCUGGGAGCUAAUCUGCUGGAGCUUGGAGCCAGUGAGCUGGAGGCCCUGGAGCUUGGAGCCAGUACUCAAGAGGUGCUGGAGGCUCUGGAGCAGGAACUGGACCUGAUGAGGUUUGAUCCGGCUGACUGCAACAUGCUCCAAGGCGGAGACCCCUACCUGCCCCUGCCGGACGACGCACCCCCCCCAGUGCUGCCUGGCAACACCUUGUUCCUGGGGGCCAGCGACUUCCCCCCGUUCCAGGUCGACUCCAAGGACUUCCAGUGACAGCAUCUCCCGCUGCUGCCUCCUCGCUGGGGCGGUUCGGAGGCUAGGGCCUUUUCGCCAACCCCCACUGUGUAUUGGGGGGUGGCCCUGGCUCCGCCCUCUCCUGGCCUUCUGGCUAGGCCUCGGGGCAUCAGUGAGGCCAAGGGGGCCUGGCCCAGCCCCUGCCCGACGUGUCCAUGGGAGGUGAAAGCCCCUGGACUCUGGGUGUGGGGGCUCUCAGCCUAAGCCCACAGCUAGGUGCCUUGCCCUGGGUCCUCGCAGGUGGGGGGGCGAGUUUUACCAUAGAACCCAGGAGUCCGGGAGGAGUGGAGCCACCCUGUGAACUCCCCCCGCAGCGUAGUCUUGUCUCCCCGUCCCUGCAUGGGCUGCUCCCUGGAGCCCUGGGGCCUCCCAUUGGCCUGGGGGUGGGGCGCUGUGGUUCUCGGGCCUUCCUGGCUAGAGGGGUUCUGGCCUUAGUGCUGAGGGUGUGGGUGGCUUUGCCCCCCGGGGACUGUGAGACAAACUCUCUCUUGUAAAUAAACCUGCCCCGCCCUAGCUCACUGUGGUGCUUGGGGGGGGCUUCACGGUGUCUCCGGGGGGGUAAUCCCCUGAACUGUCUGUCCCCCACUUAUGUGGGGGCCCUGUGUGGGCCACACCCUCCUGCAGCUGUUGUGCUCUGUGUGGCCAUCAGAGGGCACCACCCCCUCUUCUACUGUUCCCACCACUCUCUUCUUCCCCCCCGACAGAUUAUAGGGGAGGGGAGUCCCCCCACACCUGAAGGGGAGCCACUGGCCCUUCACCGAAGCAGAACUCUGCUCCCCCCAGGCCAGAAGCAGGGCCCUGGCUGGCUCCUGGGGCCUGAGGCCCCCACGCUGGGCUGGUUCCAGGGCAAGGGGACCUGGAGCUGGAUGUGGGGAGGAGCAGGGAAGGGUGAGUGCAUGUGUUACCAGAUGUCCCCCUCCGGGGGUGCACUAGGGGCUGGGACUGGCUUGAGGCUUCCCAGGGCAUCCAAGCUGGAACCAGAUCCCAGGUGUCCUGCCCCUCAGUCCAUCCGUGUCCCCCCUGCCCCUCAACCAUGCUGCUUCCUCCCGAGGAGGUGGGGGGCCAAGCAGAGCAGGAAGGAUGAUGCCCCUGGUGCCUGCCGACGGGCAGAAGCCCCUGCCCCUAUCACUGCCCUGGAGGGGAGGGAUAGCUCAGUGAUUUGAGCAUUGGCCUGCUAAACCCAGGGUUGUGAGUUCAAUCCUUGAGAGGGCCAUUUAGGGAUCUGGGGCAAAAAUUGGGGAUUGGUCCUGUUUUGAGCAGGGGCUUGGACUAGAUACCUCCUGAGGUCCCUUCCAACCCUGACAUUCUAUGAUCAUAUGGGAGAGGCUCUGGCCCAUUCCUGGGGAGCUGCUGCAGGGGGGGCUGGGGCCUGUGGGGCUGAGCUGGGUUGGGAGGCUGCUGCAGGGGGUCUGGGUGGGAGAUCUCUGAGAUUGUACUGUCCUGAGCUGCAUGGCCCAAGGGGGCCGUGGCCCUUGCAACCCCCUGUUCCCCCACCCUGGUGCCAGCCACGUGGCUGGGAAUUGUUCAUAAUAUUUUGUAUGACGACUGUGUGUGCCUCAGUUUCUCUGUGUGCUGCAUUGUUAACUAGGUGCGGGGCAGGGGAAAGGUUUACUCCUUGCAGUGACCCAGGUUUGACUGUUGCCUGGCUGGCGGGGCUCCAGAAGACAAUGGCCUGGAGAUUUGGAUCCUAGCAGCUAACAACCCCAGUCAGCCGACCCUCUGCAGGAAGCCGGCCAGGUGGGACCAGCUGGAGAACAAAGAGCCGAGGAAGAGAAGGGCCAGGUGCCAAGGUUUGCCCGGGAACAGAAGAAAGGACUGAGGAGGGCCAGGGGCCGCUGUUAAGUGUGGGCCCCUGGAAGCCGCAGACUCUUUGGGGCUGGAGCUGGGGCUGAGGGGGUCGGGCCCUGGCCUGACCUAGGAGGACUUUGCUGGGACGUUCCCCUUCUCUAUGCUGCCCCAAGGGCUUUCUAGGUGUAUAAUAAACCCUCUGAACACCCCGA